AUGGAGGAAGGCUUCCAAGCACACCAGACUCGGUUUCCGCGCUCGCAGUCUGAUGGCUGGCGAAGGAGAGCCAUGUCGGGUGCUACCACCGGAGGCGAGCAACGCCGUCAAGCCUCCACCACAGAACCAGCGCGUCCAAAUAAUGGUUUCAUCAAACCCAGCCAGCUUCUCCAUAGCACGGCCCCUGGAUCAUUCCGACCUCCACAGAUGCCACUUUAUUACACUCCCGCCCAGUACGACUGGCAAGAUCCUAUAGGGAGGCAGAUUCCGCCCGGGUACCCUCUUUCGCCCCUGUACCAGAGUCAUGAGCGCCAAAUGCCUGCUACCCAUGACAACCACACCGUGAACCGUGACCAGGGAAAUCUUCCCUUCCACUCGGUCGACACCCGCCUCCCCCAUACACCCCUCUCCAAUUCCUUUGCCUUCGGCUAUACUCCCGGGUAUGGCGCCAAGCCCAACCUUUAUCCCAGUUCAGACGGGAACGCCGUGGUGGCGGGUUACCCAUACCCUGCUUUCGAAAACAUCACGGCCACGAGAGCUUGGGCUUCUGGACCAGAAUCCCCACAGCCCAUGACCCCACGUCGUAUUUUCGAAAGCCCGGCAAUUGAGGAAAGGCCAAGAAGAGAUAUCUCCAGUUCCCCUAACUUUGACGACUCUUCAGCUGCGAGCUCUACCGCCGCCCAUGGUGGACAUCGACUGAGACCGUCACCGCCAAGCGGGCCUGCCAGCACGAGUACACGCUCCAAUAUGGGUGCACGACGGAACAGUCCAAGAACGCCGAGUCAACAAAGGGUAGUACACUCUACGGCAAUUGCCUCCAGCUCGUCUUCUUAUCAUUACGGCAGGGGAGAGCAACAAGGAAGUGAUCGUGGCACAGGGCCCCCCAGAACGAGCUACUCAAAGCCGGCUGCUCCCAGUUUCUACACGCAGUCCCCCGUCUCGAUGGCUUCCUCCCCAGCAAAGUCUCAACAAGACACCUACGGCUCAUUUCACGAUCGCGUCACCAAGAGUCGUGCAAUGAGCACGAGAUCAACCUUGCUUACGCCUGUCUUGAGUGACUCCGAGUCCGACUCAGAUACUCAAGGGCAAUUGGAGUCGCAUCUCAAAAACACGCGCUGCAUCCUUUCACGCGAUGGUCCCACGACUCCAUCAAGCGCAUUAGCUCCCAAAACAACAGCUCCAACCGUUAGCUCGGAGGAAAGAGAUCAUGUGGUCUGCGCCGUGUCAGAGAGUCGCUCUGCAGAAGUGGUUGGCAUUGCAGUCAUCAAUAUUACUGCCGGACAAGUGGAUUUAGCCACCAUCCUUAACGAUGAAAAGCACAUGUACCAGCGACUUGGAGAUACGUUGUGGAAGUUGGCAUCAAAACCGGAAAAGUUCCUCGUUGUCAACAGCGUCACCAAGGACAGCAGCAAGUCUAUGCUCAUUUCUUGUCUAGAGCAAGACUUCCCAGAAGUCCCCAUAGUGGUUUGGGGAAGGAAACAUUGGAACGAGGCAGAAGGGCUCAGGAUGAUUGAGCGUUUUGCACUUCGGGAUCAAAUCAUAUCCGUCAGGUCAGAUCUUGAGAACAACUUCUACACUCCGUGCGCCUUUUCUGCUAACGAGCUGAACAUCCAUUUUGCCAGCAACGCCCUACGAAUCAGGUGCAUUCAGCCACUCAACACGAUGGGUAUAGACCGCACCACCGCUGCCUCGUUAGAGCUGCUGCAGAACACACGACGAGCUACCGCAAAGAUGUCGACGCUGUUUGGUAUACUGAACAGUACGCUAACUCCUCAAGGACACCGCUUGCUACGCACAACCCUCCUGCAGCCGAGUACAGACAAGGAAGAGAUCAUAGAACGGUAUGAAUCAGUAGAGGAAUUGUCUACAAACAAAGAGCUUUUUGGCAAGUUGCGCAAAGCACUCAAAGAACUUGACCGGACUGACUUUGAACGCGUCAUUGUAUGGAAACAACCCAAUCCACGCCAGCCUCUGGAAGAAGGUCUUCCUGCAAUUACGAAUCAGGGCCCGACCCUGCCCACCCACGCAGAGCUUACCAAAGCGGAACAGGAGCUGAAUAACAUGCUAAUGCUAAAGGCAUAUAUUCGUGGUAUCGACGCAUUGCAUGAUAUUUUUGUGGCUGCUGAGUGCAGAAGCCACCUAUUGAGAUGGACCAAGGAUAAAUUUGCGCCGGAGCAUACUGAGCCCAUCCAAGGCGCCUUGGAGGAGACGAUCGAACAGGAUGCCAGGUAUAGCAAGAGGCCAAUCGAUGUGAGAAACAAUCGGAUAUGGGCCGUCAAAGCUGAGCGAAAUGCUGUUCUUCAACGAGCACGGAGCUCAUACAAAAAGCUCACGGAUGAUAUCAACAAAUACUUUGAUGAGAUGAACAACCAGUUCACCCAGUUGUACAUGGACAGCAACCGGCGAUAUUGCAUUAAGUUCGACUACUCUGAUGUCGCACGUGAACUGGCGCACGUCAAAUCCAACAAGCAAGUUUCCAUCGCCGGCGUCGACGUUGUCAACGGUACCCGUGACAAAACGCAUUUCAAAUGCACGACAGCCGAGCUUCUCAAGAGGAGCCGGGCGAUUCAGGGCCAGGCAGACGUAGCGACCAUGCAGAGCGACAGUGUGAUUAUCGACCUGAAGAAGAGGCUCCAGGAGCAUUCAAGUCUCAUGUUCGAUAUCAGCGAUGCUGUUGCGCUGCUCGAUAUGCUCUGCUCAUUUACACAAGCCGCCACCACCAAGAAUUAUUCCCGGCCCAUGAUCACUGACAGCAUGGUCCUGAAGGAGGCACGGAAUCCAAUUGUGGAGUUACGAAAGAACAACUACCAUGCGAACGACGUCUAUUCUGGUGAUCAAUCCAAGCGCUUCCAGGUCAUCACUGGCGGUAACAUGAGCGGUAAAAGCACGUUUAUCAGAUCGGUUGCCCUUAUUCAAAUCAUGGCACAGAUGGGGUCAUUUGUUCCUGCGCAAUUUGCCUCGGUUUCCAUCUGUGAUAGGAUAUUUGCAAGAGUCUCAACGGAUGAUGCGCCUGAGAACAACCUGGGAGCAUUUGGUGUGGAGAUGAGGGAGACGAAUGUCAUCUUGCGGCAAGCUACAGAGAAGAGCAUGGUUAUUAUGGACGAGCUCGGGCGGGGCACUUCGCCAGGAGAUGGUAUGGCCCUCGCCGCUGCUGUCAGCGAGAGGUUGAUUAGUAUAAACCCGCGCGUUUUCUUCGCAACGCAUCUCACGGCUCUUGCUCGACUCUUGAACAGACGCUAUCAGAGAGAUGUCAUGACCAUGAGCGUCCACCUCCAAGUACGAAUCCAAACGGGCGGUGAAAAUGGCACCCAAAUCAUACUGCCGCAUACUCUCGCCGCAGGUCCCGUGCAGAACGAGGACUACGGCAUCGAACUAGCCCGACUUGUUCUUACUGGACCGGCGAGCGCGGAGGGAGAAAAAGCAGAGGACGCUAGACAGAACAGGCUACUCCUGGCUGUGCAUGGUUUAACCAGAGAAGCCAUUGACUUUAUCAUGAGCGAUGCGGCCUUCGCGUCGUACAUCUGCAGGUUGAGGAAUGAGUUUACACUUACGAUGUAUGCUCACGAGGAGGAAGAAUAUAUUGACGGCGCCGUUGAGGUUCGUCCUGUAGAAGUUGACGAGGCUAUUGAAGGUGGCCAACUUGGUCAGAAGCGGUCUGCUGAGGAUGAUACCGAAACCGAGAGUGGCACCGGAGAUGAAGGCAGAGAAAAGCGAAGGAGGGAAGAUUAG